ACAUUCAGCCGUCUCACCAAUGAGGAGGCGCUACGCAGAAACAAGGCUGGUGCUGCAGGAAGGAUUCGGUAGCUACCAGAGAAAACAUUAAAAAAAGAAGUAGGGAGAUAUAAUCCGGUGGUGUGUAGUGACGCUCCCGGGAGAACGAGCGGGAACCUUUCUAGGAAGAGGUCGGGUGUUGGUGGACCAGGGCCGGCCUGAGGGUGUAUCGGGGCGUCACGUGACACAGCGGCAGCCGGAUUAUGGUGACUGGGGGAUCACAGCGGCGGUGCUAGUGACCAUCCGACGACAUGUCUAUACAGUACCCCGGGGAGGAAGAGCUGAGCUAUGGGGUGGCCGACUCCUUCCCUAAGGACUUCGGCUAUGGGGCUGAUGAGUCCGAGAUGGACGAGAGCUCCAACACGUCAGACAGUAAACCCCGGAUCCUUCUCAUGGGGAUGAGGCGCAGCGGGAAGUCUUCUAUCCAGAAGGUUGUGUUUCACAAGAUGUCACCAAAUGAAACGUUAUUCUUGGAGAGCACCAACAAAAUCUACAAAGAUGACAUUUCAAAUAGUUCUUUUGUCAAUUUUCAAAUCUGGGACUUUCCAGGACAAGUGGACUUUUUUGACUCCACCUUUGAUUAUGAAAUGAUCUUCAGAGGGACCGGAGCAUUAAUCUAUGUAAUUGAUGCCCAGGAUGACUAUAUGGAAGCGCUAGCAAGACUUCAUGUGACUGUUACCAAAGCCUACAAAGCAAAUCCUGAUAUGAAUUUUGAAGUUUUUAUUCAUAAAGUAGAUGGUUUGUCAGAUGACCAUAAGAUAGAAACUCAAAGAGACAUUCACCAGAGAGCCAACGAUGAUCUUGCAGAUGUUGGACUAGAAAAACUUCACCUAAGCUUCUACUUGACAAGUAUUUAUGACCACUCUAUAUUUGAGGCAUUCAGUAAAGUUGUGCAGAAACUUAUCCCACAGUUGCCAACUUUAGAAAAUUUGCUAAAUAUUUUUAUAUCCAAUUCGGGCAUCGAAAAAGCCUUCUUAUUUGAUGUGGUCAGUAAAAUCUACAUUGCCACAGACAGUUCUCCUGUAGACAUGCAGUCAUAUGAACUGUGCUGCGAUAUGAUAGAUGUAGUAAUAGAUGUUUCUUGUAUAUACAGUUUGCAUGCUGAAUGUAAUGGCACGGCGUAUGACAAGGAGUCCAUGGCAAUUAUCAAGCUGAACAACACAACAGUACUCUAUUUAAAAGAAGUUACAAAGUUCCUAUCACUCGUCUGCAUUCUUAGAGAAGAAAGCUUUGAACGAAAAGGUUUAAUAGACUACAAUUUUCACUGCUUUCGAAAAGCCAUCCAUGAGGUAUUUGAGGUAGGAGCUGCCACGCAUCGGACCUUCAGCCAUCAAGCCAGCAGUCCCAACCUUAAUGCAGUAACUCACAAUGGCACUCCUGCAAACACAGUCUAGACUGAAAACUUAGACUUCUCAAAAUCCAGUAGCCCAAGAACACUGCCCGCCACUUGGAAUAUGUCACCUAAGGCAAGACCAGUGAAAGAAUUGCAGGGUACCACACACACGGAACAAACCUUGCAGAUUGCCAUCAUGCUCUUUUCCGCAUCCUAGAAGCCCUUAUGCUUAGUUCUUUCAAUGGUUCACCUGUGUGCCAUCUGAAAUGUAUCCGUUUUUGGUUUGGAGCACAAAUCUCCGAGCCAGUACUCAUGUAAACAUUUGCACCAUGUAUUGACUAGCACAGAUCUUCUCUGGUAAAUAGUUGACUGAUUUGCACAUCGUUGGCCUUUUAAAGCGUACAAGAUACAUGUGAGAGAAUGCCAAAGCAAUGCCCCAUUUGGGGUUAUUCAGCUUUGCACAUUACAGCCUCGUUAAGACCCUAAAACAUUCCAAAAAGGAUGCAAGUGCUCAUCUUUUUAUGUCUGGGACUGGCAUUCGUCAGGUGACUCUACAGAGGCGGGAAGUGCAUUAUCCUGCAGUGCUUCUAAGUGCUAUUCAAGAUGCAGAAGACUUGCAGGUAACCUGGGAAGCUCCGCCAUUCCCUUCUUUAGAGACUUGUGAUGACAGCUGGGAUAUCAAUGAGUAGUUUUUCACUGUAUAGCUUUUACUCUAGCUGACAAAUAUACCAUUUCUGAUUCUAUUACAAGUUGCUUAAUUCCAAAUGCCUUUUUUUGGGCAGGUGCCUAUAUAUAUUGAGAAAGUUUAUUAGAUUUUUCAAUUGGGAUUGAAGCUUUGAUGUGAGAUAAAACGCACAUUAAGCAAAAAUGGUGCCAUAAUGGUGUUGAAUGAGUAUUUAGUGUUUUACAGCUGAAUGAAGAAAGUUUUGCUAUCGGUAAGAAAAUGUCAAUGAUUUAUUUGCAUAAUUGUUAAAUUCUGUUUAAAGUAAACUAUGGUGCAAGAGA